AUGAAGGAAAUCGCCGAGACGUUUCUCGGGAAGAAGAUUAAAGAUGCGGUGGUCACGGUUCCGGCCUAUUUCAACGACUCGCAGCGGCAGGCGACGAAAGACGCGGGCGUUAUAGCGGGUCUGAAUGUAAUGAGGAUAAUCAACGAGCCGACGGCGGCGGCUAUCGCAUAUGGGUUGGAUAAGAAGGCGAGCCGCAAGGGCGAGAAUAACGUGUUGAUUUUCGACCUGGGCGGCGGGACGUUUGAUGUGUCGAUUCUGAGUAUCGAGGAGGGGAUUUUCGAGGUGAAGGCGACGGCGGGGGAUACGCACCUGGGAGGGGAGGAUUUUGACAACCGGCUGGUCAGCUUCUUUGUGCAGGAGUUCAAGCGCAAGCACAAGAAGGACAUCAGCAGCAACCCCCGCGCCAUUCGCCGCCUCAAGACUGCCUGCGAGCGCGCCAAGCGCACGCUCUCCUCCACGGCACAGACGACCAUCGAGAUUGAUUCUCUCUACGAGGGGAUUGACUUUUACAGCACCAUCACUCGGGCACGGUUUGAAGAACUGAAUAUGGACCUGUUCCGGAAGAGCAUGGAGCCAGUGGAAAAGUGUCUCUCCGAUGCCAAGCUGAGCAAGUCCCAGAUCCACGACGUUGUACUGAAUUCUCAAAAAACAUACGCCCCGCUCUCUCCUUCCCAAGGUGCAGCAGCUACUGCAAGACUGAUUCCGCGAAACACGACGAUUCCGACGAAGAAAGAGCAGGUUUUCUCGACGUUUUUGGACAACCAGCCGGGGGUGCUGAUUCAGGUGUACGAGGGGGAGCGCGCGCGGACCAAGGACAAUAAUCUCCUCGGGAAAUUCGAGCUUUCAGGGAUCCCGCCGGCGCCGCGGGGGAUCCCGCAGAUUAGUGUUACUUUUGACAUUGACGCGAACGGGAUUUUGAACGUUAGCGCGGAGGAUAAGACGACGGGGCACAAGAAUAAGAUCACGAUCACGAAUGACAAGGGGCGGCUGAGCAAGGAGGAGAUAGAGCGGUUGGUGGGGGAAGCAGAGCGGUACAAGGAGGAGGACGAGCAGGUGAAGAAGAAGGUUGAGGCGAAGAAUGCUUUGGAGAAUUACACCUACAACAUCAGGAACACCAUCCGGGAUGAGAACGUGGGCUCCAAGCUCCCAGCAGGGGACAAGAAGAAGGUGGAGGAUGCGGUUACCAGCACCGUCGAGUGGUUGGACCACAACCAGCUGGCGGAAGUUGACGAAUUCGAGGACAAGCAGAAGGAGCUGGAGGGCAUCUGCUCGCCGAUCUUCUUCCGCAUGUAUCAGCAGGGUGGGGGAGUAGGUGGAGGGAUGGGUAGUGAUGAGCCGAUGGGUGGUGCUGGUCCUGGUGGUGGUGCUGGUGGUGGCGGUGAGAAGGGUCCUAAGAUCGAAGAGGUGGAUUAG